AUGGAAACGAUUGAACAAAGUCAAUCAUUCGAGAAGACUGGACAACAAUACCAACAACGUAGUUCACUUGCAACAUUUUCUAAACAAUUAAAUUAUUGGAUCAUGACAUCGACUAAUGCUGAAGAUAAUUGUUAUGAAUUAGGACAAGAGUUUCAAAAACUUGCGCGACUUGUUCCAACAAUUCCGAAAGAUGAAUGUUUAUCCGAACUUGAAUUUCUCGAAUUUGUCAUUGCUUACAUUCGACAAUUGCAACAACUUCUUUCACACGAUCAAUGGAGCGAAUGUUUGAAUAAAUUAGCGUCAUCCAUGAAAACAUCCUUACUAUCAACAACAACAACAUCAUCAUCAUCACAUACAACAAAUCUUCUCAGUCAGUUCAUACUUGAUUCACCACGAACACAAACAAAUGAGAAUUCAUCGACGAUUCGUCGAAGUCCAUUGGCAACAAUUAAUCUAGACAAUACUCGAUUAUCUUGA